GUCCUUUUCGGUGCGCCGUAGUCCUUCCCCCUCUCUACCUGUUUAGUGGCUAAAGAUGGCUGAAGCUCCUCCAUGGCCCAGUCGGUUCUUCUGUCAUAGAUGCUCUGCAGAGAUUAGUCCUCGACUUCCCGAGUAUACAUGUCCAAGAUGUGAGUCAGGGUUCAUUGAGGAGCUGCUGGAGGAGAGAAGUGCUGACAAUGGCUCCAUGUCUACCAUCUCCAGUGGGCCCCAGAACCAGCAACCAUUUGAGAAUGCGGACCAGCACUUGUUUACGUUCCCUUCGGGCUAUGGUCAGUUUGCCCUGGGUGUCUUUGAUGACAGUUUUGACUUUGGGGCUGGACUGGGAACAGAGGACAACCGGGAUGCUGAAAACAGGAGGGAAAGGGAAACUGCAUCACGGCAACGAUAUGGUGCCAGGCAACCGAGGAGUCGUCAUGGUUCAAGACGACAAGCAGGGAGGCAUGAGGGAGUUCCCACUUUAGAAGGAAUCAUUCAGCAGCUAGUGAAUGGAAUAAUUGCACCUACUGCAAUGCCAAAUAUUGGUGUUGGACCCUGGGGUGUUCUUCAUUCAAAUCCCAUGGAUUAUGCCUGGGGUGCUAAUGGACUAGAUGCAAUUAUAACACAGUUAUUAAACCAGUUUGAGAACACGGGACCUCCACCUGCAGAUAGAGAUAAAAUAAAAAGUCUUCCUACAGUACAAAUUACAGAUGAGCAUGUUGCUUCAGGGCUGGAAUGUCCAGUGUGUAAAGAAGAUUACAGUGUUGGAGAAAAUGUGAGGCAGCUCCCAUGCAAUCACAUGUUUCACAAUGAUUGCAUAGUACCCUGGCUGGAACAGCAUGACACUUGUCCAGUGUGCAGGAAAAGCUUAAGCGGACAGAACACAGCAACAAACCCUCCAGAACUAUCAGGGAUGAACUUUACCUCCUCCUCUUCCUCCUCUUCAUCCUCCUCUACCCCUCAAUCCUCAACUUCGACCAGCAAUGAGAACUCCACUGAUAACUCUUAGAGAAACAUUUGUCCUUAUUCCUAGGCUGCUAUACUUAAGAGCGGUGACCUCCAGUCUCACCCUGUCCUAGGGUAGAGACCUGAGUGCAUCUCGCUAGGUGCACUCAAGCCUGACUCAGGGGUAAGUGAUACAUGAGGUCCAUCCUGUUGCUCGCACCCUCGUCGGGAAUCUAAACAAAGGAAGGGUGGAGACCCUCGAGUGCAGCUCCUGUCAGAGGGGAUGUGGAGAAGCAUGGAAACUUCAAGAGGCCCGAUCUGCCUGGAUCACCUCAUACAGGGGAGAGAAAACAAAGGAAUCCAAUGGUAGAAGACUUGGGACAACGGGACAGUCGCUGUUCUUCUUUUUUUUUUGAUUACCAGACGUAUGAUUUAAAUGACCCACUUUUGCCAGUGAAGCAAAAAGAAAUGUACAGUUAUUCCUUUUAUAUUUAGUAUUCAUAUCUCAGAUAAAAUGCCCAGAGUGCACUGUAGUGCACUGUUUUAGCUUGCACUUAAACUUCUUCAUGGUUUGGAAAGAUAUUACAUUUGAUUCAUUUAGUUCUCAAAAAGAAAAAGACAAUAAUUUAUAGAAUUAUUUUAUAGUCAACAUCCUCCCACAGUUUUAAGAUUAUCUGACAGAUUGUUGUGUGCACUUGAGACGAUGUGUCAAAUUGCAGUAAUUCUGUGAUGUUUGGAUAAUGAAGUGGAUAAUCAUUACUAAAUUAUACACGCAGGGAUUUUUCUUAUUUUAAUUUUAUCUGCGAGCCUGAAAUGUGGAUCAGCUUUUCACAUCACAUACCUAGAGACAUUUCAGUGCAUUUGUGUAUUUUAACUUAAACGUAAGUUUAAUAUUUUCUAAAGUUGCCAGUUGAAAAACAAUUGAUUUGCAGUAUGAUCGUGUACAAAAAAAAUGAUAUGAAAAUAAAGAUAUUUGAGUGCUACCACUCAAAAUUCAUGUAAAGCAUUCUUAGUGUGUGUAUAUAUAUGAUAUUCUUUGAAGAUGAGCAACUGGAGCCUUAAAAUGGACUUUUAGAAAGACUGUGGUAAAAUUAAGCCCUUGUUUCAAGAACUGACAGUAACUACAAACAAAUGUAUUAUAAUGUUGUGUAAACAGCCAUUGAUGCGAAGUCUGUUUUCCUCGCUGCACUGAUCGUGUGGUGCUGUGGUUGGGCACUAGAUGGGAGUGCAGUAAUGAAAAUGAGCAGGACAUUUUCCACAACUGGUUCAUCAGUACAGCAGAUGUGCUAAAAAUUGGAAAAAAAAAAUGUUUGUCCUAAUAUGAAAUAAUAAACCAAAUAGAAGUAGAGUAAAAAAAUUUUUGGCAUACAGGUGGGUUAUGAGCUGUGCUGGUCUGUGUUUCCCAGUAUAAAUCGUGUUCCUUUAAUGACCUCUUGCAGGCUCUUAGAACAACCAAGCAGGGAACAAUAACAUCAUUAGCCAUCACUGUUGGAAGUGAUUUCAAUGCAUAAUACGAUUUUCAGAUUGUUUUGUUCUUUCAAAGUAAGGCCUUGUCCAAAGUCAUGUGGUAAACAUAGUAAACAGUCUAUGGUAAAUCCUUUAAUGGGGCACUUGCCUGCUAAAUGUUAUCAAUAAGCUAAUAAAUUCCACUUCCUUUUAUUGUUUAGCCAUAUGGGUGUAUUUCCUCCACAUUGUACCUCUACUCUCCCCUGAGGUUUGAAGUUCAAAGGUCUUUAAUCUCAGGGGAAUUGUUGUUAUGGACAUAUCCUUCCAAUGAUCUAGCUGAAAGACAAAUGGAAACACUUGGAAUUGUGCCUAAGAGUUUGACUUUACAAUGUGAAGUUGCAGCCUCAAAUUCAUAGCUUAUUGUUAACAUUGUUAACUUUGUCACUUCAGCUAUGAUCCUUGAAAAAUCAUGAGCUGUUUAAUUUUGUUAUGUUUAAGUAUCUAGAGCUACAGUUUUAGCUCUUUAAAGUUGUUAUGUAGAGAGUUACAUCUGGAUAGCACUCUUAACUAUAUUUUAGAACUGCUAUCUUUGGGCUAAAAUAGGUCAGGAUUUUCUUUUAUUUUUCACUGUCCCUUCAUCAAGUUUCCAAUUUCAUAACUAACCCUACAGCACAAUUUCUGCCCUCACCAUGUUUUCUACUAGCAUUUCAGUGGUGUCAUGUCUUAAUGUGACAAACUCCAGUUGUGAUCUAUGUAGUUAUUUGUCACCCUCCAACGCAACAUAAGUUGCAUUGGAGGGCAUCAUAAGUUGCGUUGGAACAAUAUGAAAUGGUGUACUGAGUCAAAGCCCCAUUCCUGAUGAAUUAAUUUCUUCUAAGCCAAUGAAUAACCUGAUCAAGAGGAAGUCUUGCUUUUAUCUGUUUUUGUCUCAGCUUUAUAGACAUGAAACCUAUACACCUGUGAUACCACUUAAGAAUUGAGUUAUUUAUAGACAUAUUUGUAGACAUUGCCCUCUGCCAUAUGGGUGAUUUUCCUUUAGACACAAAAUUGAGAUGACUGACAUGAAUGUUAGGCUUGUGAAUGCGCAAUAUAAAUGUGUUUCUUUGAUAAUCUGAAAUGUGCAAUGCAACUGAAUGGUGACGUCAUGAUACAUUUUUUAUAUUUUUGCUUCUAAUAUGUUUUUAAAAAACAAAGAAGAAAACAUUGUAAUUUAAGAUGUUUGAUUUGGUUUGAAUUACCACGCAAUUACCUAUAUUAAACUGACUUUGUUUUGACAAAUUACACAAGAA